AUGCCAACUUAUGUGGAAACCACGGCGAAUAACCAAGACGGCAAAAUCGAAGACGAGACCCACUACUGGCAACACCGCGGUUCCUCUCAUCCUAGUACGGCGUGUUUAUUCUGCCUGGCGUAUCGACCCGUUCGCCGGGAGCGUAGUAUUGCUCGCUCAGCGCUUUUUACGCUGAAACAGCGCUCAAAUACAACUUUGUUCCAGCGCUUUAUUUAUACCUGCAUACAUAUAGCAAUUUUCUCUUCGGAGGGUAGACUGGCGCGCGCCGCCGGCUUCAGUUUUCAUUGUCGCACCGUAGCCGCCGCUCGGCCUCGCAACCAUCCACCACGGCACGAUCACAAUCGAACACAACAAAACUAUCCAUCAGAAACGUCAAAGAAAAAUCGAAUACACGUCCGAGUCAAUGGUAUACAAGAUCCGUUGUAA